AUGGGGAACGAAAGAAGAUCUCGAUCAAGCUACCGAUGUUGCUUUGCCUUCCUUUUUUCCGUACUGCUGACCUUUGGAAAACAGGCUUUGGCUGAAUUGAGGUACUCGAUUCCAGAGGAGAUGAAAGAAGGAACCCUUGUUGGAAACGUUGCCAAAGAUCUAGGUCUGGACAAAUCCUCGUUGAUUGAUCGGCGGUUUCGUGUUGUGUCUGCAUCUGAGAAUACUUUUUUCGAGGUUAACCCGGACAAUGGAGCCUUACAUAUCAGUAGGAAAAUAGACAGAGAGGAGCUGUGCGAGGGAAGUGGUGCAUGUUUUAUGGAGCUGAAAAUCGUUGCUGAAAACCCGUUGGAAAUUCACUAUGUAGUUGUUGAAAUUACUGAUGUAAAUGAUCACUCCCCCAGAUUUACUGAAGCAGAACAGAGAUUUGAAAUAGCAGAACAUGCAUCUGCAGGAUCGCGAUACGAACUGCAUGCGGCUCAUGACCCUGAUGCUGGAAUUAACUCAAUACGCACAUACACAAUAACGUCGAAUGAUCACUUUGAAAUAGAAAUAAGUCAAAGCGAUGAGGACAAAAUGCCAUUUUUAGUGCUGAAGAAACCUUUAGACAGAGAACAAAAGAAAGAACACUUGCUAAUUGUAACAGCUGUUGAUGGGGGCAAACCUCAAAGAUCAGGGACUUUAAAUGUUUCUAUCGUUGUUCUAGAUAGUAAUGAUAACCGUCCAAUGUUUAGUCAAGAUACAUAUCAGAUAGAAAUAUAUGAAAAUACACCUGUUGGCACUAGUGUAACAAGAGUACAGGCAGUUGAUCCAGAUGAAGGGGCGAAUGGGGAGAUAGAGUACAGACUCAGUAAAACAUUAGCACGAAAAGUUUACGAGAUCUUUGAAUUGGAUAGUUUAAGUGGACAACUACAUUUGAAAGGAACUUUGGAUUUUGAGGAAACAGAGAUUUACAAAUUAGAUGUUCAGGCGUCUGACAAAGGGACCCCGCCGUUAACAAGCCGGUGUAGAGUUGUUGUGAAGAUUAAAGACGUCAAUGAUAAUCCACCACGAAUAGAAGUCACUUCCCUUUCGAACACUGUGACUGAAGAUUCAAAACCUGGAACAAUUGUUGCACUUAUAAGCGUGAUGGAUAAAGACUCUGGUAUUAAUGGUAAAAUCCUCACAACCAUUAACAACGACGUGCCUUUUGAACUACAACCUUCAUACAAGGAAAAUACUUACUCUGUUGUCACCAAGGGACUCUUAGAUCGAGAGCAGGUAUCAUAUUUUGAAAUAACAAUAAAAGCCACUGAUUGUGGUGACCCUCCCUUAUCUUCUUUUAAAACGCUCAGUAUUCAGAUAUCAGAUGUGAAUGACAACAGUCCACACUUUGAACAAAACCCUUUACAGUUUUAUCUGGUAGAAAAUAACGUUGCUGGAGCUUCAAUAUUCUCUGUGAGCGCAACAGACAAUGACAUAAAUGACAAUGCAGCUAUUUCAUAUCAAAUUGUGAGGGUAGGAAGUCAAAAUGACGUCUUGUCUUUUCUCAAUAUAAACUCUGAAAACGGACACAUAACUGCGCUGAAAAGUUUCGACUUUGAAACAGUGAAAACGUUCCAGUUCCAAGUUGUGGCCACAGAUUCUGGAACUCCGUCACUAAGCAGCAACGUCACAGUGAACGUGUUCAUUCUGGAUCAGAAUGACAACGCUCCAGUCAUCCUGUAUCCAGUCAGCUCCAACGGUUCUGCUGAAGGUGUGGAGGAGAUUCCCCGCAAUGUGAACGCAGCACACUUGGUGACUAAAGUCAGAGCCUAUGACGCUGAUAUAGGAUAUAACGGCUGGUUACUGUUUUCACUGCAGGAAGUGACUGAGCACAGUCUCUUUGCUUUGGACCGCUAUACAGGACAGAUCAGAACACUUCGCUCAUUCACAGAGACAGACGAGGCUGAGCAGAAACUGGUCAUACUGGUCAAAGACAAUGGCAACGUUUCCCUCUCAGCAACAGCUACUGUCAUUGUCAAAGUUGUGGAGCCCAAAGAGGCUUUUGCUGCUUCUGAUGUUAAAAGUGCAACAAACGAUGAUGAGGAGAGUAAUGUGACUUUUUAUCUCAUGAUAACUUUGGCCUCAGUUUCAGCACUUUUUCUCAUCAGCAUCAUCGUGCUCAUUGCAAUGCAGUGCUCCAAAUCCACAGACUACACUUCCAAAUACCUACAAGAGGCUAAUUAUGACGGGACACUGUGUCACAGCAUCCAGUACAGAUCUGGAGACAAACGCUACAUGUUAGUGGGACCCAGAAUGAGUAUAGGAUCUACUAUAGUCCCGGGCAGCCAUGCCAACACACUAGUGCUCCCUGACAGGAGGAGAACUUCUACUGAGGUAAGACUUGGUACCUAA